AGAGCCGUCGUCGCGACGUCACCGCUGUGUUGUGGACGAGGCCGCAGGAAGAUGGCGGGGUCCAAGGUGAAGCAGGACAUGCCUCCUCCGGGAGGUUACGCUGCCUUUGACUAUAAGAGAAACUUACCGAAACGCGGACUCUCUGGUUAUAGCAUGUUUGGCAUCGGUAUCGGCGUCAUGGCAUUUGGCUACUGGAGGCUUUUUAAGUGGAACAGGGAGAGAAGGCGCUUACAGAUUGAAGAGCUGGAGGCCAGAAUAGCUCUGAUGCCCCUGCUGCAGGCCGAGCACGACCGCAGAACUCUACGGAUGCUGCGGGAGAAUUUAGAAGAGGAGGCUAUUAUCAUGAAGGACGUUCCAGGCUGGAAGGUGGGUGAAACGGUCUUCCACACCGACCGCUGGGUCCCCCCAGUGUUAGAGGAGCUGUACAACCUCCGCCCACGUGAGCAGUAUCUACACCAACGCUAUGGCUUCGUCUGGUACGUCUAGGAUCGCCACAUGGACCCACCUGAACCUUCUUGUAUAUGUUCACUAUUAAAGUUAUUCUUUUUCUGU